CCAACUGCCACUACGAGAACUACCUCUGCAACUACCAGCGUUCGUACCCUGAGGAGCAACACACCAGUAGCUCCAGAAAUCAGCUUGCCCAUGGUGGAAGUGGCCGGCCCUGAAGGAAGCAUGUUAGUGCACAGACCAUGGACUAGCGCUGACAUAGCUGACUUUGCUCAAAAUCUCCCAGACAUCACUGUAUCAGGAAAGACAUUCGGUGCCAACCUUCUGGCUUUCUGCCAGGAGUACAGACCCACUGGAGCUGAGAUCCGUCGCAUCCUGGCCAAACGUCUUGCACCUUGGGAAUACCAAAAGCUGGCUAGACAAUUGCCUGAUGUGACACUUGCUCUCAAACACAAAGACUGGACAAACAACUUAAAUGAUGGAUUUGUUACCGCAGUAAGGACGCUUGUUGCCCACCUCGAAACUGCGUUCCCUGAUAAAGUCUGUAUGAUUAAAGUCACUACAUGCAAACAACAACCAGAGGAAUCAGUUGAUGACUUUGUUCACCGCCUCACCACUACAUACAACACACACGGAGGAGUUCAUCCUCCCCCUGAAGGAGUGGGAGGACUCAUCUGUUCAACAUACGAGAGUCACCUGUGUGAACUGGUGAUGAAAGGCUUACUCCCUGAAGUUUUUGACGCCGUGAAGCAGUCAUACAUCGGAUGGAAAGAAGAAGCGCGUCUGUCUGACCUCACAAGACACGCACGCCAUGCUUAUGACACUCUCCAGCAGAGGAAGAUGGCAAAGAAGGAAAAACAACAGAGCGAAUUGUAUCUGCCAUCCUUGGAGAUGUUCUCUGCAAUGCAUAACAACAACAGAGGAGCGAGCAGGUUUCGCGGGCGAGGACGAGGAAGAGACUUCAGACGGAAUUGGCACAACAGAGACACAGGGGGCGCAUCUGGAGAUCCAGGAAACGCUUGCCACAUCUGCGGCGAGAUGGGACACUGGAAGAAGUACUGCCCCCGGCUACGUCAGGUUCCACCCUCCCGGGCACUCUCGUCAGACUGACUAGAGAAGGAGCCCAGCGAAGGUUUCCGUUCACAUGAUGACGUAGACGGAGUCAUCGUCCCAUGUGACAACUCUCCAGUGAGGACUCCACUCUUCCCAGUUAAGAAAAUCAGAGACAAAGGACAGCCAACAGAAUGGAGGUUUGUCCAGGAUCUGCAAGCAGUAAAUGCGGCGGUCCAACCACGCGCACCUACGGUGAAAGCGGCUCUGCCCAAACAGGCGACAGAACCACUGCACAUCAUUCAACCAGGAGACUGGGUGAUCAUUAAGGAGCUUCGCAGGAAGCACUGGAACUCAAAGCGGUGGCAAGGUCCCUUCCAAGUCCUUCUGACGACCAACACGGCUGUGAAGAUCGCAGAAAGAGCGACUUGGAUCCACGCCAGCCACUGCAGGAAGGUCCCGGAUCCGAUAGACGACCCUCCAUCUCCAUCUACACCACACGAGAAAACCACCACUGACGAAAAGAAUUGAGAAGGACGACCCUCGCUGUGCUCACACACGCACUGAGGCGAGGCUGCGUUGACCGUUCAGCUAAAGGUGUGAGCCAAGCGCCGCCUGAAGCUGCACCGGUGAAUCACACUAUCAGACCAUACAUCUACACACACGUUGCUGAGAAAACACACACACGAGCAGCCUUGAGUUGCCGACGCUGGACGACGUGUAGACUCUUCACAUCACGGGAGUGACAGUGACUCAGACGACAUUGGGAGGAAACCUGGCGGUGAUAACGAAUCCCAGGUGUCUCUGUGAUCAGCUGAUCACAACCUGAAGAACCCCAACAAACUGUCAAGGUGUCAACAAACAGGUUGUAAACAAUCUAACGCUACUGUUCAACAGGAAGAAGAAGACAUUGAUUGUGACCCUGUUGUUUUUGAUAUGUUACUCUAAUAUUUGCUCUAAAUUAUGUGAUUGAUUUACAUGUAUACCUCUCUGUGAUUUCAUCCACUAUUCUUAAACAAAGCAUUUUAUGCUUCCACUUGAUUCACACUUACACACAAAUUUUUAUCUUCCACUGACACAAAAUGGCAUUCACCAGACGAAACACGAUAAAAAUGAUUGUCAUAUCAACCAUUGCGGUGACAUGUGUGACCCUCCCGUACUUCUGGAGAACUCGCACAUUUGUUCACUAUAGAUCCAAACGCGACAUUAAGGACCCUAAAGCCUGGCAGCUUGCCCAAAACUACGUAAAUCAGAACCCCACAGGGAACUUAUGGUUAGCGUACCUCAAGUACACUUCUAAAACCCUCACAAACAAUUCAUGUGUAGCAUGUGCUGUCGCCAGACCCGAUCUCAUGGCUGUGCCCACUCCCUUUAACAGCAGUGAGUGUUACAACGAGCGACAACUGCACAAUAAAGACACCGGGUGUAGAUACACUGCGGACCCCAGCAUUCCAAGAUGUGAUCCGUCUUGCAAAAUGCGCGCCUUGCACAAUCUGGGCAAGGGUAUGGAGAUGUACAGUCCCGUCACACAUAAGAAAGUUGAGGUGGCCGACAUCAAGGUAACGAAAAAGGAGCCCGCAGCUCCCUUGUAUUACACGGUGUGUACCACGUGUCAGUUUGAAUGCUUCACCUCCAGCCCCGACGGAGGAAUAGAUGUAGGCCACUUUCCCAAUUGUCACCUGACGUGGGACGUCUCCAACGCACACGGACUUAAGCCUGAAGACCAUGUGAUCCGGUUUGCGAUUCCAACUCACACCAAUGCUGCCCCUUUACUCUCAUAUACAUAUAGGAUCAAUAAUGUCUCACACGUUGCCCCAUCCUCCACCGACUUAGUCCAGCAAAGGAAGCCCUUGUCCGACAUGUGGUGGCUCUGUGGGGAUCACCCCAGGGCCACCUUACCAACCAAUUGGACCGGCACCUGUACUCAGGUAGUGUUCCUCACAGGGGGAAUACACCUUUUGUCCUCAGCUCCACAGAAACACUCACGCACCAGGCGCAGGGCUCCAGGAGGUUCCUUGGAUCCUGACCUUUACAUAGAUGUAAUAGGCGUACCACGAGGAGUGCCGAAGGAGUUUAAGGCUCGCAACGAGCAUGCGGCGUGGUGGACGAGUGCUAUACCCUUUAUGGGCCCCAUAAUAGAGGUUAACAAGAAUUCGGCCUGGAUCAACUACCUUUAUUACAAUCAACAGUGUUUCAUCAACAAAACUGCGGGCGGUAUGAGAGGCAUGUCUGGGCAGCUGGCUCCUACGUCUCAGAUGACUUGGCAGAAUAGAAUGGCCCUGGACAUGUUGCUAGCGGAGAAAGGAGGUGUCUGCGUUAUGUUUGGAGAAGCGUGCUGUACUUUUAUCCCCAACAACACUGAUUCUAAUGGUACUGUGACAAAGGCUAUCGAGGGCCUUGAGAGUCUUAGAGACGAAUGGGCUAGAAACUCCGGCGUAGAUCCGUCCCCUUGGCGCUGGCUAGACCAAACUUUUGGAAAAUGGAAAUCAGUUUUUAUGUCAGCAAUAGUCUCGCUUAUCAUCUUCAUGGCCGUGAUCAUGUUGCUUGGUUGUUGUGUUAUUCCUCUAAUUAGGGGUCUCAUCAUGCGCGCGAUAUCAGCGGCGCUUUCGUACCAAAUGACACAAUGCACUACAUUCAGGAAUCCAGAUACCGAUUCACUCAUUGGUUCUGAUGCUGACUCUGUAGAGGAUGAUGUUGACGUUGAUAACGAGGACCACAAAGAUGACUCCGAUGAUGAUGGUAGUGACACGGAGACUGACGCCACAAUAGUUUAAAUCAACAUAUAACCCUCUUCCUAUUUUUGCUUGACUGAACGUGAUCUGAUUGAUUAUAGGCUUAUGUCCCUGUCUUUCCAAAGCUCAUACACAAGGGUUAUUCUAGUAUAACUACCCACAAAAACAGCUCACAAUCUUUUAUCCCUACGACAUUUACAUUUUUAUAAGCAAUACAUUUAACGAAUCAUUUUUAAAGAAUGCUUUAUUACUAAAAAAUGAAUGCCACGAUUGACAAUUUUUAUUCUUUUAAUGUUUGAUUAAUGUGUAAUCAAAAGGGGGGAAAUGUAAUGGAAAAAUUGUACUUUAAUGCUUUUGUGUUCAUUUCUGACUCUGUAUUGUGACCAUGCAUUCUGUACUUGUUGAUUAGACCCAGAACUGAACAUUCUCAGACAGACAAUCUAUCUCCCUCUCAAGGUGACCGAUUGUUCAUGGCCUGAGUCUGCCUUUUAACCCUGGGCUCUGGCUCCUUUCUGUCUGAUGCCUCACCAGACCCAAGGCUGUAGCCUUGUUUAUUCCCUGUGUAAUAUGAACAUCUUCACCCACAGUGUGAUAAGGAGAUUCCACCAGGUCCAGGGAAAAAGGUUAAAAGGCAGAAGCAACUUGAGGAUCGUGGGCUCUUUGCAUCACACCUUCGUGGUGUUUGCACUGAUCUCCCCAGCUGGUUUUUGGUUUGUUGAUGUGCACGAUCAACAUCCAUGCUUUUUAUUUGCUUUCCCCAUUAUUUUUAUUUUAUCCUUUCUUUAUUAUUUCAAUAAAUCGCACAAAAGGACAA